AUGAAUGGACGGAAUGAUGUGAACAACAACAAUAGUUCAACACAAGUAUUAGAUUCAAGCAGGUUGUAUCAAGAUAGUGGUGGUAGCGACGUUAAACAAUUUGGUGCUAUAAAUGAUGUAAAUACUAGCUUGAAAAAUAUUGCUGCUCCAAUACAGCCAAUUUCAACAAACUGUUUAGACAAACCUGCAACAACCUCAACUUCGACCAUUAAUAGUAUACAUGCUAUAAAUUCAACAACAAAUGGCUGCACACAUCAAUAUCAACUACAAGAAUUAUGA